AUGUUAUGUUAUAAACAUUUAGUCACAAUUCUUUUAACUUGUCUAGUUACAGCCGUAUUGGGCCACGAUCAUUUGCUUGAAGGUAUUUAUUGUGGUAAAGAAAAUUGCUAUGAAGUUUUAGGAGUUACGAGACAAGCAACCAAAAAUGAGAUCGGUAAGAGCUAUAGACAGCUCGCGAGGAAGUUCCAUCCGGAUUUGCGUAGAGGCGAAGAAGCGAAAAAAGAAGCCGAAGAGAAAUUUAAGGAAAUCGCGACAGCUUACGAGAUUUUAAGAGAUGAAGAAGCUCGUUCUGAUUAUGACUACAUGUUGGACAAUCCGCAAGAAUACUAUGCUCACUACUAUAGGUAUUAUAGGCGUCGAAUGGCCCCUAAAGUAGACGUGAGAAUAGUUGUAGCUGUUACUAUAACAGUUAUAUCUAUAAUACAGUACUAUAGCGCAUGGUCUAAAUAUGACUCGGCAAUAAAAUACUUCAUGACAGUACCAAAAUAUAGAAACCGAGCAUUGGAUAUAGCAAAAGAUGAAACUAAGGAUUCACAAGGGAAAGGUAAAAAUAAGAAAAGCAAAGCAGAACUUAAAGAGGAACAGGACAGGAUAAUAAGACGAGUUAUAGAAGAAAAUAUGGAUAUAAAAGGUGCUUAUGCUAAACCAGAAAUAAAAGAUAUACUGUGGAUUCAGCUUAUUAUGUUACCAUAUACAAUUACUUAUUAUGUUUAUUGGUAUGUACGGUGGCUGUGGAAUUACACAAUUUUAAAGAAACCAUAUGGAGAUGAAGAAAAAUUAUAUCUAAUACGAAAGUUUAUGCAACUUGGUCAACAUCAGUUUGAUGCAUUAGAAGAUUCAGAAAGAAAAUCAUUUCUGGAUAAAGAGUUGUGGAUAAAGGAAAACUUUACAGUGUGGAAAGACAUCAAAGAGGAGGAAACUAAGAAAUCAUUAGCAGAAAAUAAUAAAUAUAAGCAAUACAGAAGGUAUAUGAAAAGUCAUGGUAUAGGACGCAUGACAUUUGAUGAUUCAUGA